CUCCUAUUUUAAGAAUGUCCAGAUUGCGCAUAAUUGGCCGGGCCUCACGUCUCCCUCGGGAUGGGAUGAAAGCCAUGGUCAUCCCCGAUUCUCAGUCUUGAAUUUUGCUGGUUUGGUUUUCCAAAGACGCUACCAUGUUUGAAGGCAUCGAAUCCGACGCUUGUUCAACUGGAACUCGACGAGGAGAUCAACACGACGCCGGCAUUCUCCCGCUCAUAGUACGGAGCACACAGGCAAUCAAACCUACGUUUGCGCUUAUGCCUAGCCUUCCAUCGGCCAGAUACCAGUCACAUACUCUCUCUCAGUCUCUCCCGUGUCUCUGGCGUCGACUUCUCCCCUACUGACUUACGGCAAUAGGGAUUCAGUGCUCACAGUCGUUCACUUCCGCCUACGCCCUCGUCUACCUACUUGAUGGAUACCUUAUUCGUCUCCGCACACGACUCCCGCACACGGCACGCGGAUGCCCUCUCUUUUGCAGGCAGAAACCAGCGAAGCAAGGCAUCCAUGAACCCAUCCAUCCGUAUGGCGCACGCAGAGUCACUCCCGUCGCGCGGGUCACCCCUCCUUCGACCAGGCCUUGACCAGUCUGCCGUCGCCUUUCGCCCUCGGUCGUUCCACCUCUCGCUCCUCCCGUCACAUCCGCCCGCCGUUUCUGCUAGGGCCAGAGAGGGUCGGUCACCCAACUCGCACCAAACACCAACACCACGCUGCCUGCCCAUUUCUUUCUCUCUUAUUACUCAUUAAAUCUUUGCAUGCCGCUUCUUGUCCCUCCACUCCCACCAGACGAGUCUGCCUCUUGUUUUUGUUCACAUCAAACCGACAUCCCGUGGCCGCCAGCUGCUGCUCUCUCAUCAAGAUGAUGAGAGUCUGUUCUAGUCGAAUGCCUCCUUCAUUUUGUUUUCGGUACACUUAUUGCGGAUAGUGUCUUCACUCCACUUUCUCUCCAACAUUUUGCUUCUUUUACCACCCAGACUUGGAUUUUUAUUUUUUUCAUUUUUCCUCUCCGCCUUCUUCUUUGCCUGGUCGACCCUUCAGGUGCGUCUGGUGCGGAGGGCUAACAAGGCACUCACCAGUCCUUCAUCAGGCGGGAACCAUCACACACUUUCCCAUUUUCUCUGUGUCUGGUUGCGGCCUGAAACCUCUUCUGCCUGAGGCAUCAUGGAUCUGCGCUAGGCACCUGAUUGGACGGUUGUAGCCACUCAUAUCAGCGUGCCCACCGCCUUUCGGGUUUAGCUUCAAGUAAGUACCGGUACCUCUGUACCCUGUUUUCCCUACACACGGGCUUUGGCUUUUCUGCCCUCGUCUCCCGUUCUCUCUCUCACUCUCUUCCUCGUCUGUCUCUUUCGUCUCCCCCCGUCCUGUUGUCGCCCUUCCCACCAGCGCAGUCCGGCCAUACCAGGCUGUGACGGCUGGCAGGCUGGCUGGUGGUAGCCAGUGCUCCCCAGCCAGCGGGCAACGAGCCAGGUGCCAGGGCAUCUUGAGCUGAGCAGGUGCGAUGCUCCCCAAGCAUCCCAGCACCCAGCAACCCGUCCUGAGUCCUCAUCGCCCUUCCCCCCCAAGAAAUCCCAUCUUCGAAGACGCCCCCCCUUCCCUUGCCUUCCCUCCCCUCCAUCUUCCAGUCCGCAAUCCGCGCACCGAAGCACAAGGUGCCAGUCAGUCCCCAAGCCCGCAGAGUCCAAGUCCCCCAACCUAAGCAGUGCAGUCACUGUUCCUACUCGUUCGCCCUCUCUCUCUUUUCGGCUUGGCCUGGGCUCCGGCCUGCACGCUCCUGCACUGGGACCUGUCUCGCUCAACUCGCACCGCACCGCACCAGCACCAGCACCAGCACUCCUACCUACUCCUACCCAGGUACUGCUGCUGCUGCUGCUGCUACCACCGCCGCUGGUCUCUGCUACGCUCCUUUGGGGGACCCAUCCAUCUUUCUCUCCUUCGUGUCGUGCCCCCCUCUCUUCUUCUCUUUCAAUCUCUUUUCCACCCUCAUUUGCUCGACCCAAAACACCCUUCUCUCCCUCACCUCCGGUCCUCAACACUCGAUUUCCUCCUCAUACUACGUCCCCUCGACUCGGCUCAGCUUUUCGAAACGCUCCAUCCCUCCCCGUCGACGAGGCGCAACCGCUCAACCCUUUCUUCGACUUGAUCCGUCUUCUGGCUUCGAUCGGUUCGUGGACACGCUCUUCGCGAUCACAAUUCGAAAACUUUUCCACCUCACGACGCCUACAACACACGCUUGUGACAACCUACUGGUGUUUUCCUGGUUUCGGGACGACCGCGGUGUGUGAAAAAGCGAUUUGCUGGACCGUUCCUCGCCUCUGCGACGACCUGUCCUUUGUGAGCCAGACUCGACAAUCCCACCGAGUCUUACCUUCCCCAUCUUCGUCGAGAACCCUCGACUCGACCAUACCCUUCCCGCCGACGGAUGACGACGGCCCUGCGUACUGCUGUUUCUGUGGUUCAUUUGACGGCUUGUUCCUGUGCGUCUAGACAGGCGUCGUCAUGCUACCCAGGCCGCAACAGUAAUCAUCUCACCCAAUACCUCGACUUCAAUCCGCACCACGAGGCAAACCUAGAUUAUGACCGAAAAGCCCCAGCCGCUGUCGACGCAGACCGCGACUCCUAGUCAGACCCUCUUCGCUCCGAGCGUACCGGUCUCAACACAUAAUGUGCCACGCAAGGCCGAGACGGUAGAGGAAGAAGAGCCGUACACGAUCAAGUGUAUCUGCAACUUCACUGACGAUGAUGGAAACACGAUAUAUUGCGAGACGUGUGACACGUGGCAGCACAUCGACUGCUUUUAUCCUCACAGUCGCGAGGAGGCCCUACGCGAAGACUUUGCCCACUCGUGCGCUGAUUGCAAGCCGCGUCCCCUAGAUCGACAAAAGGCCAUCGAGCGAACCCGGCGACUAAAGAAUGGUCCCACGACAGAAACCAUACCGGAUAAGAAGGCCAAACGCCCGCCAUCCAAAAGCCACAAGAAGAAGCCAAAGCCAACGGACUUGCAGUUGAAUGGCCACCCUGUGGGCCAGGAGAAUGCAAAGCACGGAAGUCCGAGCGACCACCCUCACCCAACCAAGAAGGUGAAGUCGUCCCAUCGGCCAUCACAUUCGAUCAGUUCCCAGAACGCAAAGCGAAGUCCUUCCUACGGAAAUGGUGGGCGAUCACAACCCAACGGCCACCCCCCAAGCCCAGCAACUACUCCCCCGGACCUUCCGAGCGAUUUCCAAAUACACAAUUACUCGGACGGUUUCUUGUCCAUGAGCAAAGAAGCAGACAUCCCCAUCACUCGCAUCAAUUCCUUUGCAAGCCUCUUCGUCUCCAAUACCUUGUCAGUUUGGCUUCGGGAACCGGAUCGUAUGAGGCAAGAGACAGGCGAGGAAUUCAACGAUGUCUUUGCCAAGCUACCGAAAGACAUUGACGCUCGCAAGCGUCAGCUUCACGUCGAGAGCAAGAAGAUUCCUGUUUCGCCAGAGACGACAUUACGAUGGCAAUAUCUCGCUACUCCUGCCGCCAUUGAGAAAGACGUCCCUCUGAUUGAACUCAACGGCGUGAUCGGAUUCCAGAAGGACUACUGCGCAGAUCCCGAAAACCUAUGGGAGGAACUGUCGUCCCCGUUACCUUUUGUUUUCUUCCACCCCAUGCUUCCUUUGUACAUUGAUACCAGGAAAGAAGGAUCGAUGGCUCGCUUCGUUCGAAGAAGCUGCAAACCCAACGCCCUGCUGGAUACUUACCUGUCAGGCCAAUCCGAGUAUCAUUUCUGGCUCAUGAGCGACAGACACAUCGCGGCAAACGAGCAAAUUACUCUACCUUGGGACUUUAGGCUACCCAAGAAAUUCCAGGCACGGUUAGUGCAUCUGCUGGGCCUCGCUGACGACGACACCAAUACGCAGAACGAGUCUGAGAUGGACGAGGCUGAGUACCAAACACUAUCGGGCUGGAUUCAUCGGAUAUUGUCCGAGUACGGCGGCUGUGCGUGUGACUUGGGUGCCAACUGUGCCUUUGCUCGCUUCCACAGACAACACCAAGCGAAGGUUCAGUCUCGGCCUCCCGCAAAGAAGAAGCAACGAAAGCCAAAAACCCACACCAUCUCUCCCACCAGCACCGGACAUGCUACAAACAGUCGCGCAGCCAGCGAGGGACACCAAGACGACGCUGACAACGACGGUCGUUCAGUUUCUGAGCGCAGCAAACCGCCUAGUCGUGAUCGCACGCCCGUACGCCAGGGUUCAUUGGAUCGGCCAGGUAUCCUCACAGAACCGACUGACAGGGACAAACGCAAGGUUCAAAUGGUUGAAGACUCGUUCCGACGAAUGGAACAGCAACAGCCUCCACGCAAGAAGAAGCGAACAUCCGAUGGCACGGCAUCUACUUCCGGUUCUUCUAAAACGAAACAACGGAGCUCAACCAGCAACGCAUCCAGUGGCACUACACACUACGUCGAUGCGGGAACAUCUCGAAGCAAGUCGAAUUCCCCUUCAAGUGGCGUGUCACCAACGGCACAGAAUCCGUUCAAGGCACCUGCCUCCAGAGCAGAGUCGGUCGGUUCCCAGUCCGGGCGAACGUCAUCUACACCUCGUCCCGUUUACUGCGAUGCCGGUGUACAAACCGACCCUGUCGAAGGCGAGUGGUACAGCGAGCCCGUCCAAACACCCAGGCCACGACGACGUAUCAUUUCUCUUUCGCAACGGUUGCUCAACAAUCGACACCGCCUACGCUGUGAUGAAGUUGAGAGACGCAAGUCACUCUCUUCUCUGUCCGCUCAGGAACCAACACCCAUGGACGUGGAUCAACCAGCCGAGGUCAAGCCUAGUGCUGAUUCUCCCCUGCCCUCCAAGGCUAUUGGCAAUCAAGCCCGCGAUACAUCGCCAGCCGCUCCUCCUGCUGGUGAUGUCGUGAUGUCGGAUGCUCCGACAAGUUCGCCAAGCACGGUCAAAUCGCCCCUGCAGACCGACAGCGUUUCAGAUGGACCCGCGAAUGGCUCAAGCAGCCCGUUGAAGAUGAGAUCACCGGAGUUACGAGUCACGAUGCCACCGGUCCCAGCCUUCAAUGGACCCACAUCGGCGACUCCCAGUGCUACAACGCCGUCGACAAUCCAGUCGCCGUUCUCUGCAAGCAGUCUACCUAGUCCAUUUGCUCCGACUGCAGUCAAUGGUGUUGCGGCACAUCCGAGUCCGGUCAAGAAGAAGUUGAGCCUUAGCGAUUAUACCAAGAGCAGGAUGAACAAGGCUAAGCCUGCUGGCGCUCUGAAGACCUCAUUGUCUGGCACUGAGGAGACGAAGCCAACGCUCGAUGCUAUUGUCGAUUCUCCAGUGGUUGAGAAGAGUGCGGAUGUUCUUACACCCGUCACGGGUAACACGAUCAACUCGAAUCCUGCGGCUGCGGCCGCCAACACGCUGUAACAUAGAACGGGGUUCACGAGUUUCUCAGAUGACACGGCGGCUUUUAUUUCCCCUCUAAAUAUUUUCAAAAACGUUUCGGGGCGGCGACAGUCUGGUGAUUGACUUUGGCGUUUGGGCAGCGACGGACAAUGGGAAUGGGAAAGGGGAAGGGGUUCCUCGGGUUCUGGUCAGCGCUUUUUCGGGAAUGUCUUCAGAUGAACUGCGUUUUACUGCUGUUUUUGGGAGGAGCUGCAAAAAAGAAAAAUGCACGUCUUACGAAAAAUACACAAGCCCAUCUCGACACUAUUUUGUUUUCGUCGUCUGGCAGGAAAGCUGAAUCUUUUCUUCGAUGGGAGGGUCUAUGGCGUAACGUAAGGGGCAAACGGACAGACGCAGUGAAGAGCCGGGUAUCGACCGAUACGAGAUGAAAAGACCGGGAAAGGAGGUUCCAACUACUCUUGCCACGAACGGCAUGUUUUCGUGUGUAUUUCUAGGCUUUGUUAGCUGUGCCGAGAGCGACGUGGAAGUUGCCUCGGUGCGGGACUACUACACCCCUCCCAUGACAAAUGGAUGGCUCUUUUUUUUUCGCAGCUGGAAACAGGCUGCCUAAGUUUUCGCUCACA